AUGACCGAAACAGCGAUUGACACUCGCUAUUUGUCGGCCGGCGCAAAUAGGUACGCCGCUGCCGCUGACUGGGGAGAAAAUGGCCUGGUGGCAUUUGGCGCAGACAUCAACGUCUGUCUCUGGAACCCUUCGAACACCGUUGGCAUCUCCCAGAUUCUGAGUGGUCAUACAGCUCAUGUACGGGCUGUCAAGUUCCUUCCUAGGUUGCAGGAUGAGAAGUCAACUUACCUCAUAAGCGGAGGUGACGACCAAAGCCUUCGGAUCUGGGCUGUCGACGGCGAGACGGGUGUCGCAACAUGUGUUCAAACUCUGCAGGAACACACCGCCCCUAUCAACUACCUCGCAGCUCUCAAGAUUCCCGUCGGCAGCACCAAGCGCUGUAUUUUCGUUUCGGGCGCGGCAGACUCUACCGUCAAGGUCUGGUCCUUGGACGUCUCAUCCGGCCAAGUCACCCUCCUCCAAACCAUCAAGACGGCGAAGAAAUCUUCACUGCGUCAACAGCAGACAACAACACACAACUCGAAUUCACCCGCAAGCCACCCUCCCGGCCACGAGAACUGGAUCCGAUCCCUCGAUUUCAUCCGCGAAAAGCCAAAGUCCGAAGCCGAAAGCGACAUUCUCCUCGCUUCAGCCAGCCAGGACAAGUACAUCAGGAUAUGGCGUAUUCACCAAGGCAGUGCGCUGUCCAUGCCCACCUCGGCCGCCUCAGAUGCCUCUGCUGCCGCCGCCGCCCUGACCCCCGGUCCGGCCAACAAGAUUCACAAGAUCAAGGUUGAGGGAGCUGACCCCGUCACUAACAAGUACUGCAUCAUGUUCGAGGCUCUGCUCCUUGGUCACGAAGACUGGAUCUACACCGCACGCUGGUGCCGCUCUCCUACCUCCACCACCUCCGACAGCGGCGAGGGUACCCUGCAACUCCUCUCAGCCUCAGCAGACAACUCGCUCUCCAUCUGGGAGUCUGACCCAGAGUCGGGUAUCUGGAUAACCGUCGCCCGUCUCGGCGAGGUCAGUCGCGAGAAGGGCGCCACCACAGCAACCGGCAGUAUCGGCGGUUUCUGGACGGGCAUGUGGUCGCCCUCGGGCACGACCGUCAUCACUCUCGGGCGCACCGGCAGCUGGCGCCGGUGGGAUUGGGACAGCGACGAUCAAGCGUGGAAGCAGAACUUUGCCGUAUCCGGCCACACCCGCGCUGUGACGGGCAUCUCGUGGUCCCGCAACGGCGUCUAUCUUUCGUCUACCAGCUCCGACCAAACUACCCGGCUCCACGCCGAAUGGGCCACCAACCCUACCUCUAGUGUCACAACCAGCAAGCGCACCUGGCACGAGAUGGCCCGCCCGCAAAUCCACGGCUACGACCUCAACUGCAUCGACUCCCUCUCCUCGACCUCCUUCGUCUCCGGCGCCGACGAGAAGCUCAUGCGCGUCUUCACCGAGCCCAAAGCCGUCGCGCGCAUGUUGAACAAGCUAACAGGCAGCUCAUCCGCCUUGUCCUCCUCGGAAUUCGACUCCCUCCCCGCCGACGCCGCCAACAUCCCCGUCUUGGGCCUCUCCAACAAAGCCAUCGACGUGAUCGACGACGACGCCGACGCCUCCGCUGCCGCAGGUGGUACCCCCGAUGGCGGCCGCGGCGGCGACGUCACUGCGCAAGACCGUGAAAACAUGCUCGACCCCGCAAGUAUGGUGCGCAAGUCUGCGCUGGAAAUCGACCACCCCCCCUUCGAGGAAUCACUCAGUCGGCACACCUUGUGGCCUGAGGUAGAAAAGCUCUACGGACACGGCUACGAAAUCUCCUGUCUUGCCGUCUCCCAUCCCACCGCUUCCUCCUCCACUCCAUCAUCCGGUCAGAAAGAAACGCACCUAAUCGCCUCAGCCUGCCGCGCCGCCUCGCUCAAUCAUGCCGUCAUCCGCCUCUUCGAAACCGACAAGUGGACCGAACUGCGCCCCCCGCUGAAAGCACACACAUCCACCAUCCACCGCCUGCGCUUCUCUUCCGACAACCAAUAUCUCCUUUCCGUAGGAAAAGAUCGCCAGUGGGCCGUCUUUCAGCGCGAUCCUGCAUCGAGCGCAGGGUACACCCUCCUGCAAAUUAACCCCAAGGGCCACAGUCGUAUGAUUCUUGAUUGCGCUUGGGCGCCCAAGACCUCAUCACCCUCAGCCUCUCCCGUGGACGUGGACGUGGAUGUAUUCGCCACAGCUGGCAGAGAUAAAGCUGUUAAGAUCUGGGUUAGGAGGAGGAUGAAUGCUUUACCUUCCAAGCCCAAGCAGGAGGGAGAGGGAGAGGGAGAGACGGAAAAGGAAAAGGAAAAGAAGAAAGAAGAAGAGUUUUCUUUGGGUUUGUCACUAACAGAAGACCAACCCAUUACGGCUCUAGACUUCGCUUCGACACCGUUGAGUGUUUCCGAGGAUGGCAGUAGUGCCAUCUUCCUGUUAGCCGUGGGCACGGAAAGCGGUAAACUAUCGGUAUUGGCGAUCAAGGUUACUACUAUCUCCUGUAGUAGCUCGUCGGAGGUUAGUGUGGCGGUGGCGGAGACGUUCAAGGUCGGGGAGCAGUUGUGGUUGCCAAAGGCGGUGAUGCAACUUGCUUGGAGGCCGAGGGUUAGGAAGAAUGGUGAUGGUGAGGGUGAGGAUGAUGACAGCGAUAAGGAGAAGGGUGAGAAGAAGAAGCAGGCGAGGGAGUUGGCUAUUGCUGGUGAGGAUGGGUCUUUGAGGAUAUAUGAGUUUUGUCUUUAG